AUGGGAAAGCACUGCACGGUAGUAACUUCCCUCAAACCUGUAAUUCGCAGUGUCACAGCUCCAGGAACAGAGCAGGGCACAGCACCAGGAACUGGAAAAGCAGCAAGCGAAAAAUCUGCACAUUUCAGUGUGGCAGAGGAGGAGAGAAAAAAACCAGCCCCUCAGUCCCCAUCAUCUGCUCAGAGAGGUGACUCUCCCAUCAUCCAGGAGCCCGAGGACCCCCACCAGGAUGACCUCUCUCCAAGGAGAACUAGUUUAGUGAUAGUGGAGUCAACUGAUGAGCAGACAGAGAAGCUUGGAAGUGGCUAUGAAGAGGAAUCUUUAGAAAAGGAAUUAGCGGAGGAGUUAGGUGGGCUGGAGACCAGCUCAGAUGAGGACGAGAUGGUCACUACCAGGGUCGUUCGUCGCCGGGUGAUUAUUCAGGCUGAUAGUAUGCCUGAAAUGCCACCUGAAACAGUCACAGAAGAGCAGUACACAGAUGAACAUGGCCACACAGUGGUAAAGAAGGUCACUAGAAAGAUCAUCCGGCGAUACGUUUCUCCAGAUGGCACAGAAAAAGAGGAAGUCCUAAUGCAAGGAACGCCACAACAACCUGUCACUGUUGAAGAAGGAGAUGGCUAUUCCAAAGUUGUAAAACGGGUUGUGCUGAAGAGCGACAGCGAACAGUCAGAGGUGACCCUGUCUGAACCUGCUGUUCUGCCUAGUGCCUCCAAAUUCCAGUCUGAGCCAGUGGAAGGCCGGAAGGUCAGCAAAGUCAUAAAGACCACUGUCGUGCAAGGAGAGAGAACGGAGAAACACCUGGGGGAUGCUAGCUUAGCUACUGAUCUUCCGUCAGCCAAAGAGGACUUCGAAGAGGACAACACUGAGUAAAGCCAGCACACAGAAGAGGACUGUGAUGAAGGACCGGUAUGGAAAACACGUUCGCAUAGAAGAGCUGGAAGACACCCCAGAAGCGCUACCACAGGAUGACCUCCAACAUGACCUCCAGCAGCUUCUUAGACACUUCUGCAAAGACGACUGGAAACAGGAGGCGAAGUGAGAAGCUGCCACCCCUCAACGACACCACGUAACCAUCCGUCCCGUGUGCAGCAUUCAUCUUCUCUAGGUGUAGACAUUACUACCUACAUCAUCACUGGAAGACACUGCCAUUUCUACUUGUGCAGACGCAGUGAAUUCAUUUCUUCCCCUCGCCCUGUAUUUGAUUUUGGGUUUUUGUUAUUUUUUUACCCUGUAAGCUAAUUUGUGACCAAAGAUAGCAUCCUUCGUUCGGGAUGAUUUAUCCACCAACCCUGCCGUCUUUGUGCUGUACUGGGAAUUUGUCAGCAUCGCCACUUCUUGCUGUUCCUCUGCUUCUGCACCAGCUUAACGAAAUCGCGUUUGUCAAGCCAACUUCAUCGACAGGCCUCUUCGAGUGACUGUGUACAUGCAUCGUAAAAAAGGGAGUUAACGUGUAAACUGUAUAUAGCAAGAGUAUUUGGACUUAGAAGACUGCAGAAAACACACUGCCUGUGACUGCAAUUAGCAUCAUGGAUUACAAGGUCUGUUGACACUGCUGAACAGCGAUUAAUAAAAUGACGUUAACACGGUCGACUGCAAACACAGACUGACUGAGGAGGAAGCACUGCAGAUCUGCUGCAUCCGUAAGACUUCCAGUUUAGGGAUCUAUUAUAGUUAAAGGCUCUAAGAGUCAGGCUAAAAUCCUGGAAAUUCAGCUGUUCUCGUGAAGUAAGAGCUGGCUGUGGCCAUUAAUACUUCUAAGACCUUUGGACAGCCACUGAAAGAUUUCCAGAAAAAAAA